AUGGAAUUUUUUUCUGUUUACGCUGCUUCAGCUUUAAUAAACAAUGGAACAAGCGCUUUUGAAUAUUGUUCGAUGUGGAAGAAAGACCCGUUGGAUCUUUUUGUAUUGUGGUUGAUAUUCAAGUCUGGUGCUGAGUUUAAAUUUCAGGUUGUUGAAGGCGAAUGCGAGAAAGACACAAAAUGUGCGUUUAUACAUCAACAACAAGCGCUGGAACCGUCAGCUUGUAAAAGAGAUUUGUAG